CAAAUUAGAUUGGAGCAGAGAAAGUCUGAUUGGGUAAAUGGAUGAGUAUAAAAUUGAGGCACAAAAAGCGAAAAGGCAAGUCAAAAUCUAAAGAAGAGAGAAAGACACAGAAGACCAAUUGGGAACUGGUCAGGCAACUCUCAAAUGCUACUAACAUAAAUUAAAGGGCCAGCCUUUUCCUAUUUUACUUCAGUGAGCAAUCAAGUUUCUAUUUUGAGGUCAUAGUCUCAAAAUUUCAUGGCGAAAACCUCAAAAGCAAAUCAGAAAAACACUUCUUAUAGUAAUAACAGUGACAAGAAUAACAGUAAUAGCGGCGGUAGCGGUGAUCAUGCCAUUUCCAAAGGGAAGAGAAAGCGAAAAGCCGUCGUCCCCAGAGAUUCUCCUCCACAACGUAGCUCCAUAUACAGAGGUGUCACAAGGCACAGGUGGACGGGUCGAUAUGAAGCUCAUUUAUGGGAUAAGAACUGUUGGAAUGAAACACAGAGCAAAAAAGGAAGACAAGUAUAUCUUGGGGCCUACGAUGACGAAGAAGCAGCUGCACAUGCAUAUGACUUGGCUGCAUUGAAGUAUUGGGGUCAAGACACCAUCCUAAAUUUCCCUCUGUCAACGUACGAAAAAGAGCUAAAGGAAAUGGAAGAUCAAUCGAGAGAAGAAUAUAUUGGUUCUUUGAGAAGAAAAAGCAGUGGAUUUUCAAGAGGAGUCUCGAGAUAUCGAGGCGUUGCUAGACACCACCAUAAUGGGCGAUGGGAGGCUCGCAUUGGCAGGGUAUUUGGCAACAAGUAUCUCUACCUUGGAACAUAUGCUACUCAAGAGGAAGCAGCAAUGGCAUAUGAUAUGGCAGCUAUAGAGCAUAGGGGACCUAACGCUGUUACAAACUUUGACCUUAGCCGUUACAUCAAGUGCAAUCCUCAACCAAAACCAAAUCCUAAUUCUACUGACCUAAAUCCCAUUCCUAACACAAAGGAGGAAAUAAAUUUUAGCUUCAUCAACCAACAGCACGAACAGCAACAGAGCUCAAAUUCUGCCGGAACCACCGUACCUCCGCCACAUCCAGUGGGCGGCACAGCUGCUUCAUCGGCCGUUGACUUCCCUGAGACACCGCCGGAGCCGGACAGGCCGCGGAGGAGUUUUCCAGAUGACAUACAAACAUACUUUGACUGCCAAGAUUCGAGUAGUUUUGUCGAAGAGCAUGAUAUUAUAUUUGGAGACUUGGAUUCCUUUCUGUUGCCUAUGUUUGCAUAUGAGCUUAAUACCUAGCUAAGUAGCUUAACUUAAUUAGGAGUUUGAAGUAAUAUUACGGCAUUCGAGAUACAUAAUCAAGAAUGUUUUAAUUGUUAAUAUACGAGUAAAAGGUUAAAGGCAGCUGGAAGAGUCGAGACCAAAACAAAAAAAAGGAUAGAAAUAUUAUUUCUCAGUUUUGAUUUUUAA